AUGUGCACCCCGAGAGGACCGACUUCAGUGCAGUCGUUCAGGGCGCACCUUCCUGAAAUUACAAGGGCCACGUAUAUCGUAAUUGUUAGCGAUAUUACUCAUGAUGUUGAUUAUGAAGCUCAUACUAUUGGCAAUUAUUCAGUUCGAGCAUCUAAAGGAGACAUCAUGACGUCAGAAAUCUGUCAGGACAUUGUAGCGCAGCAUAAAAAGUCUCCGGGUAACAAGCAAUAUCACAACGACUUGAAUAUUCCAAUCUGGCGAGCCAGCCAUGCAUGCCCGGGACGACAUAAAAGGCUGAUCACAUCAUCUGCAAAAAAUGGAUGGUCGUUCCCGGACUCUUUUAUGCAACCAGAGGAUGUCCGGCUGUCCACCAGCUCGGUUGAAGGUGUUGACAAGUUUGCAAUCGGAUCGCUUGGCUCUUCCUCAAACAGCGAGGCUGUGAAGGAUGGACUGAGCUACAAGGUCGUCUCGGGCACCUCGGAGCGAAGCGAUCGGAUCCCUCAGGCAAAAAGCUGGGAUACUGUGGGAACAUGA